AUGCAAUACCACACCCGAAAACUGUGCCAGUAGGGAGUCAUGUACUAACAAUAAAACAAAAAGAAUCCGACACUGCAGCAAAUGAUUAUGUGCAGCGCAAAUUCAAAAUGGACGGGUUCUACCAAAAGCAGAAUUCGGAUGACUACGUAAACCAACAUACAAGUUGGACCUCGCAGCCCUCAGUCAACACUCAGCCUUCUUCGCACCAACAACCGCUACCCCCCCAAUCGGUGUUGCAAAACCCUACAAAUCAUUCUACCGCAGCUGGGCGUGAUUUUGCACGCUAUCGCAAAAUGACAGACUACGAACCACCUAAGUCAGAUGAACCGCGUACUAAUCUUAUCAUAAACUACCUUCCACAAAGUAUGACUGAAAAAGAACUCUACAGCAUGUUCGUCACCAUCGGACCUGUCGAAUCUUGUCGGGUCAUGAAGGACUACAAGACAGGAUAUAGCUAUGGCUUUGGAUUUGUUAAUUACGCAAAAGCAGACGAUGCAGCAACGGCUAUCGGUACGCUGAAUGGCCUACAAGUCCAAAAUAAGCGCCUCAAAGUAUCAUUCGCCCGUCCUUCAGGAGAAGAAAUUAAAGAGACUAACCUGUAUGUUACAAAUCUGCCGAGAAAUAUCACAGAGAACCAAAUUGAUAAUAUAUUCAACAAGUAUGGUAUGAUCGUUCAAAAAAAUAUCCUCAAGGAUAAAUUAACAGGCUUACCACGUGGAGUUGCGUUUGUAAGGUUCGACAAACGCGAGGAAGCCCAAGAGGCGAUAAAUGGCCUACAUGGGACGAUACCUGAAGGAGGAUCGGAACCACUGAGUGUUAAGAUUGCAGAGGAGCAUGGGAAACAGAAAGCGGCAUACUACGCUGGAUGGCAGGCAGGCUACAAUCAGAGCCGGGGAGAAUGUUUGUAUGCCGCCAAGAAAAAGGCAUAUCAGUAUUAACUGUUGUAGUUCAUACUUCAAAAUUCGUUUUGUUCUAAAAAUCAAACUUUUAUUUCAUUACUAAGUAAGAAGCUUGCGUGCGAUCAUGUAUACGAUGUUGCGAGACAAGAUUAAGUCUCACAAUUUUGGGAAUUCAUUCCAUCUCCUGAGUUAAUUCUUUAUAAGAAUGAUUCUUUGCCAUCAACUUUCUUUGGCAUUUAUUGUACGUAUUUUUGGGACUUGCUGCAACUCGUAUACGUGAUUCUGAUCACUAAUGAAAUUUGAAGCCUAUUAAAAUUACCUUCUUCGAUUAUUCUUGAACUCAGAUUCAUUCCAAAACUGCUUCGCUGCUCGUGUACAGUUGAAUACAGUCAUUUUAUUUACAAUGUUGUACACAGUUAUGUAGCCGUUAUAUCUCUAAGCAUUUUAUGCAAUUGAUUACCCAUGAAUUACUUCAUUUCUCUACAAUGUGACUCAAUUUGUGUUGAAAUUGGAUUAUGUACUAGUGUCUGUACAAGGUACGUACAUGGCUUACCAAAAGAAAUAGUUUGUGACGAGAAUACCUUGGAAAAGUCUGAAAUCCGACUGCCAAUAAAUUCUGCAUUAUUGAGUCACGUAAUCCAGCCCAACGUAUCAGAUGAAGUAAACCAUUGUUGUGUUGAAUAUGUGACUAUCGUUGUAUAAAGAAAUUUUUUAGUGCAUAUUCUGCAGAAUCUAGAUACAAGCAAUAUCAAAAUCACUGAAACGAAUUUCUAUUAGUUCACGUCGACAGUACCCUGAUACUAUUAAAUCAAACGAAAACUUAAUUAAUCAUCCAGUUAUGGUUAUAUAGAGUUACUUCAUUUAUGCAUUUGAUUACUUGCAGAAGUCUAAGAACGCGUAACAGAUUAAAUGAGCACAGGGUGUAAUUUAGGUUCUGACAGUUUGCAUUGAAAUACUCGAUUGCUACUGUUAGAAUAGUCUAUUCCUUAUAAUUCAGAGGCAUCUCAAAAUUCGUGCAUCAAAUGUUACUAAUCUAAGCACGUAAAUCAAAAGACUUCAGUGAUAGAUCACGUAUUUGUGUUGGUUUCAAAGUUACAUUGGCAUAGAUUUUCAUAUUGUUUGUUACGUGAUCUUCUAUCCAAUUUAUGGUGGGAAAUCCUUUUGUCCCUUUAUGUGUGAACAGGGUAUGUCGGAUAAUUAUGAUAUAAGUGUUGAAUAUUCAGUACCACCAAUUUAUUAAAAUGCAUUGCAGCGUUACAAUCAAAAGAAACAAGAAGAGUAUCAAAAAAUCAAACAAACAAAUCAGAGCUCACUUGCGCACCUGAUCCGGUGAGAUUGUGGUACAAAUUGGGAAUCAAAAUUAAUGAUUUCCUAAAAAAUAUAUUAUAACACAGCUCUGUUUCUCAUUUACUCAUUAUUGUUUAUUCUAUCUCUACUCAAACAAACUCAAUUAACUGUUCCAAACGAUUAUUGAUAAAACUCAAAGAUAAUCAUACUGUCAGUCAGUGAUAAAUUAUUAAUAAAAUUCUGUUAAAUCAUAAGUUUUCAAUCUUUGCAUGUAUUUGAAAACUUUACAGAAUACAAGAAGGAACUAUUGUCUCGCUUGUUUGAGAUUACCGGGCAGUACCUCUCAUUGUUAUGACAUUAUGCGAUUUCAACUUGAAUCCUUGUCAGUAAAAUUUAUAGCACCUAGAGUAGAUUCGGCUACAAUACCGUCGCUCUUAAAGUGUUGAACCGACUAUUCCGAGUCUUUUCGUAGUCUACGAAUAUAUCUAUUUCCUAGUCUCGUCUAAAUAAACAGUUUUCUGCAAUUGUAGAUAUCAGACACAAUGCAAUUAUCAUUUUGCACGAGUCGAACAAAUUUCUAGAAAUUCGAGUUUAGGCACAUAUUUGAUGAUUAUUUAGGAAUCUAAUAUUGCGAAUCUGUUUGGGUAUUUGGCCUAUUCAACAUAAUCAGUAUAAUGAUAAAAUUGGUGCUCAAAAUUGAAUACAUCAUGAUGAGGCUAUUCUGAGCUCAGUACGUAGCAUUGUUGAAGAAGAACUGAUUUAGUUAAUAAGUUUAAGAAAUAUUCCAUCGAGACAUGUUAUACCCUUUAUCUGAUAAGCAAUUACUUUUCGAACCCUAUUCUGGCAGUGUUGCUUUCCGUGUGUCUUAACUAACAAGAAGAACUCAAUUACCGCGAUCUGUUCAUCUCUUAUUAUGUGUUCGAAAAACAAAAAAAUUAAAGCACAAAUAUUCUUGAUUGCUGCUCUAAUAUAUUUUAUAUUAGGGCAUCGUGCGGGGAAAUGAAUGAUUCCUCAUUUCUGAAUAGUUAUUCUGCAUUGUGUGUAAUUGAUAUGUUUUAAUUACUCUGUUAGUUAAAAUGCAGCUAACAUACCUAGGAUUGCCAAUACAGUGAUUAUUGUAAAUAGGGUGUCAGAUCUGAAAAUAAUAUUAUGUAAGUAGUGAUGUAAGGCUGAAAUAAUUGAAGUCUCGAAGACUGGAUACGGCGAAUGGAAGCAACCAUAAAGUCUGUAGUGCUAACAAUGGCUGUGAUAAGGAUAGUUAUUAACGAUUUUCAUCAAGGAAAAAGUCCACCGGCUUAAAAAUGCAGUAUAUCAAUACAUUACCAUGACGUACUGGUAACUAUCCUGGUUAUUUCUUAUUCAAUUUACACUGUUGAUGAGUAUGACCUGCAAGAUUCAAGAAUUUUUUUGAGAGAAAUAUUUCAAUAUUCAACACCAAGAAGAAUAACUCAGGAUAUUUCGUCGUCGUCCCUACUUCUUCUACAACUCAUUACCAAAGAAGAAUUUUGAUUCAUCAGAUAUGAUCAGCAUUAUUAAUUCUGUGACCGUUGUAUAAUUACGUUGUGUUUUAAUGGGUGGUUUUUUGAAUUCACGAGUUCAUACAGUGUGGCUUGAAAAGUGUAUGAAUCAUUUGGAAACCAGAACUGCGUGCUGACAGCAAUCGUGGGACAGAUUUUUCAGUAAAUUGAUGAGGGAAUUCCAUUACUACUGUCGGCGCGUAAAGUUUACAGUUCUCAGUUUGGAGGUUUAUAACUACGGAGAAAAAGAUGAUAGAGCUGAAAUUUGGAAAAGGUUCGAAAGCUUGGAGUAUGCGUCUGAUGACUCAUUUUCGAAUUUCGAGAAAACAACACUGACAGUUAUGACCACCAAAAGAUCAAAAAACGUUUUUUCGGACCAAACCGAUGUAGGAGCGACGCCACUCGUAAGAAAAGCACUGGAAUAACACUAAAAGAUUCAGGGAAGUUCCUGGAAGAAUUCUCAUAAUGGUCCCGUUGAAAAAUUUUUAAGAUAUCGAAACACAUGGCGCCUAGGUGCACCAAAGUACGAAAAGGCGAUCUUGGGGACGUUUUGAGUCAAACGGAUCUACGUGGGUUGGAAAAUUUGCAGAAAAAUAUAUACUUUCUGAUGUCGUAAACAGAAGAUUGGUUGUAUCGCCGAAUUUUUGGCAUUCGUCAUUGACGUUUUAGGAUAUUAUAGGCGCCGCUGCAAAUUUUGAUAACGAUCUAUGUUUUUAUGAACGAAAUUCACUGCAUUGCAGUGACGCGCGGUGCGAGAUGUGAAAAUGCAGUGACGCUGUAUCAGCUGGGUCGCUGGGUUUCCCGACCUUUCGGUGGUCAUCACUGUCAGUGUGUUCUAUUCUCGAAAUUCGAAAAUGGGUCAUCAGACGCAGAAUACUCCAAGCUUUCGAACCUUAUUCAAAUUUCGGCUCUAUCAUUUUUGGAAUUUUCACCCUUGAUAUUUCUGACACUUUUAAGUCGGUGACAUCGUGUGUUCAUUUGUUAUAAAGGGAAAUUUAUUGUCGAGUUUGGACGCUAUAUUGUAAAAAUAACAGUGACUCGGUUAAAAUAAUGAAAAUUGAGAAGAAUGCCCGACAUUCCCAAUACUACAUUCAAUAUUUCUGUCUCUUUAUAAAGUAGAACUUAUCUUGAAUAAAAUUAAAAUUGAUAUGAAAUCCAAUAUAAAUAUUCAUAAUAUAUUAAGAGAAUGUUAACUGAUUAUUCAUAAUUAAUUAUGCGAUUGUUCAUAUAUUUACACGUUGUUAAGUGUUGAAUAUAAUUGCUAUUUGUAUUUAUUUGUGUUGGCGAUUUUCAAGGAAUUUAAUUUCGGUAGGUUACAAAAAUGAUUAAAUAAAUCGUGAUACAAAUUUCUGUUUCUAUGAAUGUUACUGUCGUUCAUUAAUUUUUGAAAAAUUGCCAGGACAGAACAAAGAUUUUUAGAAUAAUAAGCAGCGGGUUUUUCAAGUUUGUAAUUUUCUCAUUGUUAUAACAAGAAACGUGUAUCGUGUUACUUAUUUCUCUUUAAUUAAACUAUUACAAAUAGAA